CAGGAGAAUCAACCCCAGUGGCUUUUGGAGUUGCCUUUGAGGAUAAAUUUGGGAAUAUGCAUUGGGCAUUUCUAAAUGGCGGAGAGAGUGAUGAAAUCAUAUUGUCUGCAGGAGCUCUUGGUAGCCCACAACUUUUGAUGUUGAGUGGCAUAGGACCAAGAGAGCAACUCGAAGCACUUAAGAUCAAAGUUGUGCUUGACCAACCUUUAGUUGGUAAGAACAUGUCGGAUAACCCCCUCAACGGAUUUUUUGUCCCGGCUCUCGUUGACGUUGAAGCAUCCUUAGUCCAAAAUGUUGGUAUUACUGACUUUGGUAGCUACAUCGAAGAAUCCGGGGGCRUUAAUUUWCUCUUMGCAGAUAUUUCARCAUAUCUGGGCUAUGACUAUCGGGCUAUUGAAACAGAAGCGUUCGCGAACUACAAGUAUCCCAAUAUGACGACCCAAGAUAUUCUCGAUCUUAACGCAAGACUACCAUAUAACCAGAAUCCAAACAAUCUAACAUUUUCGACCUUCGAACAAUAUUGCAAGGACAGUGUAAYGACUAURUGGCAUUAUCAUGGUGGGUGUCAAGUUGGCAGAGUUAUUGACAAUGAAUAUAAGGUWAUUGGUGUCGAAGGUCUUCGAGUCAUGGAUGGAUCCACUUUCCUCAACUCUCCAGGAACUAAUCCGCAAGCUAGCCUCAUGAUGCUCGGAAGGUACAUGGGAGUUACGAUGCUAGCACAAAGAUUUGCAGUCGAGAAGGCAUAUGCCGAUAUGUGA